AUGGCCUCAAAAGAAGCGCUUGUUUGCCUUGACGACUAUGAAAAAUAUGCGAAAGACCAUAUGGAACAGAAACUUUUGGGGUAUUUUAUUGAAGGUACCGAUGCAGAAAUUACUCUGAAAGAAAAUAGAACUGCAUUUUCCAGGUUAAAAAUACUACCAAGAAUCUUAAAGGAUGUUUCCAAUGUAGACCUCUCAACAUCUAUUCUUGGUCAACAUUUGGAUUUUCCAGUGUGCAUCGCACCAAGUGCUUUCCAUAAACUCGUGUCGCCUGGCGGAGAACUGGACACAGCCAACGCUGCUAAUGCGAUGGGUACUUGUAUGGUACUCAGCAAUUUGACGACGACUUCCCUGGAAAAAGUAGCUUCUCUCUACCAUGACUCUUUGAAAUGGUUUCAGUUGUACAUCUGGGAAUGUAGGGAGUUCACUGUAAACCUGAUAAGAAGAGCUGAAACGGCUGGAUUCAAAUCUUUGGUAGUGACUGUUGAUUCUUCGGUAAAAGGGAAUAGAAGAGGGCCUAGGUUUACGUUUCCACCAAAUAUAGAAGCUGUACAUUUACCACAAGGAUUUAAGGUGAGAUCAGGUAGAAGUCCAUGCAGUUUAGCAGACCCUACAUUAACCUGGGAAUUCAUUGCAUGGAUGAGAUCAGUUACCAAACUACCGAUAGUACUGAAAGGGAUUCUCAGCCCAGAAGAUGCACUUCUUGCCGUGGAACACAAAGUAGAUGCUAUCAUUGUAUCAAAUCAUGGAGGACGACAAUUAGAUACAGUUCCAGCAACGAUUGAAAUGUUACCGCAUAUCAUAGCUGCUGUGCGUGGCAGAAUUGAGGUUUAUGUGGAUGGGGGCGUACGCACAGGCACUGAUGUAUUCAAGGCAUUAGCAAUGGGAGCCAGGGCUGUAUUCAUUGGUAGACCAAUCAUAUAUGGACUUAAGUAUGCAGGUGAAGAUGGUGUUAAGCAGGUUCUUCAAAUACUGAAAGACGAGCUCAUGAGAACUAUGGCACUGUCAGAGUCUAUGGAUGUAAUUCCCCCUCGUGCAUAUGUUGACAUAUUUGACUAUCCGUGCAUGUUGUUUAAAACCUCGUUUAAAGCACAGAGAAUUCAUGAAUGGGGAUCUAAAACAGUCCAUGCUAGUGGAUGGUGUGUGGUACGAUUCAAAAUGGCCUCAACAGAAGCGCUAGUUUGCCUUGACGACUAUGAAAAAUAUGCGAAAGAUCAUAUGGAACAGAAACUUUUGGGGUAUUUUAUUGAAGGUACCGAUGCAGAAAUUACUCUGAAAGAAAAUAGUACUGCAUUUUCCAGGUUAAAAAUAUUACCAAGAGUCUUAAAGGAUGUUUCCAAUGUAGACCUGUCAACAUCUAUUCUUGGUCAACAUUUGGAUUUCCCAGUGUGCAUCGCACCAAGUGCUUUCCACAAACUCGUGUCGCCUGGCGGAGAACUGGACACAGCCAACGGUAAAAGAUAA